AUGCUUAUCUAGCACUUUCCAAAUGCAAAGAUGCACUGUUCACUGCACGUGAAGCAAUGAAGGUUAUGCAUCAGUCUGCAAAAGCUCUGAAGCUAGUUGGUGAUGUGCAUGCCAUCAGUUCCACUGGGAGAGAGAAGGCAAGAAAGUUCUACAAAUCUGCUAUUCGUCUCGAACCUGGAUUUCUCGGAGCAGCAUUGGCAUUGGCUGAUUUGCAUGUUGCUGGAGGGCGGAAUAAGGAGGCAGUUUUGUUGCUUGAAAGAUAUCUAAGACAAUGGGCCGAUGAUUCUCUACAUGUCAAGUUGGCCCAAGUAUUUGCAGCAACAAGUCUGCUUUCUGAUGCACUCUCCCACUAUCAAUCUGCACUAAGGUCCGUACACUUUCUCUUGGAGUUGAAACUACGAAAUAGCAACCCUAAGUUGUAGGAAGGCUUCAUGCUGGAUCAUGUAU